CAAGGCUUCUUGGAACACUCCAAGAUCGUGGAAGGAGAAACAUAAUUUCAACUCUUGUUUCCUCUCCAGCCCCUAACACGACUUGGUUGCUGGCCACACCAGUGCUGAGCCAUACAGAGAAGUACUGAAUCCAAGAAAUAGACAGCAGAAUGACUUCACCUGAAAGUAAUCAUGUUUAUUGCAUGGACAAUCCAGGAUUUGAAAUGGAGGAAGAUGCACAGUCCAAACCCCCAAAUAAUGAACCUUCAUGGUCUUCCAGAACGAAGGAGAAUCCCAAGAUUGUGAGAAAAAUAACCCAGGCUGCUUCUAGAGUAAAGCUGGCAUACAACACCCACUCCACAUUGAUUAAACGGAUCAUCCUCGGCAUCUUGGCUGCAGCCUUUCUUGGAUUUCUCAUCACUGCGUGCAUCCUCGAUCUUCAGCGAGCUCUCGCCCUCCUCAUCAUAACCUGCAUUGUGGUUUUCUUUGUCAUUUAUGAGCUUGUGAAAAGGUUGCUGGGGAAACAGAUUAUUGACUGCUUCGCGCCUGUGAGUUCCUUCCUGCAGAAGUACAGCAAGUGGUUUAAAUGGAUCUUUGCUUUGUUGGCGUUGGCAGGAUUAAUUAUCUGGAUUGGUGUUGACACUGCAAAAAGACCAGAGCAGUUGAUUUCCUUCGGAGGAUUGUGUACACUUGUCACCCUGCUCUUUAUCUUCUCUGCGAAGCCUCUGGCGGUAUCCUGGCGAGCACUGUUUGUGGGACUGGGCUUACAAUUUGUUCUUGGCAUCUUUAUCAUCAGGACAGAACCUGGCUUUCAGGCAUUCAACUGGCUUGGAAUCCAAAUUCAGACCUUUCUGAAUUACACAAUUGCAGGGUCCAGCUUCCUGUUUGGAGAAGAUUUGAUCAACGGCAUUUUUGCCUUUCAGGCACUGCCGAUUGUUGUCUUCUUCAGCUCUGUGAUGUCUAUCCUCUACUACGUUGGUGCGAUGCAGUGGAUAAUUCUUAAGAUCGCGUGGUUGAUGCAGAUUACAAUGGGCACAUCAGCAACAGAGACUCUGAGCGUCGCUGGCAAUAUCUUUGUGGGCCAGACAGAGGCACCUCUUCUCAUCCGACCCUACUUGUCAGAUAUGACCAAGUCAGAGAUACAUGCCGUGAUGACUGGAGGCUUUGCCACUAUUGCUGGCAGUGUGCUUGGAGCCUACAUCUCUUUUGGGAUUAGUGCAUCGAAUUUGAUAGCAGCAUCUGUGAUGGCAGCACCAUGUGCACUCGCUCUGUCAAAACUGAGCUACCCUGAAGUCGAAGAAUCCAAGUUCAAGACUGAAGAGGGAGUGAAACUUGAUUGUGGUGAAGAACAGAAUGUUCUAGAAGCUGCAAGUAAUGGUGCCUCUGCCUCAAUUGGUCUGGUUGCUAACAUUGCUGUGAACCUACUUGCAUUUUUAGCUGUUCUGAAGUUUUUGAAUGCAGCGCUCUCCUGGUUUGGAGGUAUGGUGGACUAUCCCGAGCUCAGCUUCCAGAACAUUUGCUCCUACGUCUUCAUGCCAGUCGCCUUCAUAAUGGGAGCAGACUGGGAAGAUUCCUUCCUUGUGGCCGAGUUGAUUGGAAUUAAACUCUUUCUCAACGAGUUUGUGGCUUACCAGCAACUUUCCCAGUACAUGGACAGACGCCUGACGGGUGUACCUGAAUUUAUUGAUGGCAAAAAGCAGUGGAUCUCACUCAGAGCAGAAACGAUAUCCACGUACGCCCUUUGUGGCUUUGCUAACUUCUCUUCGAUCGGUAUCAUGCUCGGAGGACUCUCUGCCAUGGCCCCAAACCGCAAGAGUGACUUUGCGGAGGUCGUUAUCCGAGCUCUGGUCACCGGCUUCCUCACCUCGCUGGUGAAUGCGUGUGUCGCAGGGAUUCUGUUUGUGCCCAGGGAGGUUUUGGACUGCAUAAGUUACCUCAAUAGCAGUUCCUUUAAUGGAACCAGUGUGGACCUUCAAACCUGCUGUCGCAGUCUCUACGACAGCGUGGUGCCCUUUGAAAAUGGAACCUUUACUUUCGAAGGACAAUGGUCAAACAUCAGUCAGAGUCUUACUUUCUUUCAUAACUGCUGCAAUCUCUACAACAACAGUGUACCAUGUGAACAAUACUUCUAACACUCCUGUAAAUAUUUGUUUUCUAAUUUGUUGUGUCCAAUCACUGUGUUAUCUUAAGUAUGGAGAUUAUCCCGAUCAAUUGCCCACAGAACAAGGAUUGAAGUUGCCGGUUUUGUCUACAUGCAAUUGUAAGAAUUAAUUAUCCCCACAGGCAUGCACUUUGUAAAACAUUUCCCUUUAUUCCCCACUUGUAAUAAACUUGACUCUACAUUGAAACAUCACCGCAGUGUGACCAUGUUGAGUAUUUACCUGUGGGAGGAAGGGAGAGAAAAAUCUACAAUAAAGUGACCACGUUUGUUGUAGCAAUGUCAUUGCUGACAACUAAUGAGCUGUGCCUACAGGCUACCAUUUGUAAAUGUGUGAUUGACCCUGUGAUGGUGAAGAGCAGGUGGGGUUUGUAACUUACACUUGAUCAGUCCUGUUGAAGAAAAAGCAGAUGACUUGGA